UAAUAGGACUCACAUAGUUUAGAUUUGUAACCGAAAAUUUUAUAGGGUUCUUAUACCUAUCGGAUUUCAAAAUUUUAAUUAUAUUCAAACAUUUUAACGAGGCUAUUGAAAACGUAAACGUGUGCAAAAACUUUCGCAAAAUUUGAGUCAAAAAUAAUAUCUAAGUGAAAUUUAUUGAUAAAUUUAAGGAGCUCUGGAGUGAUUGUGUCAUAAAUAAAUUGUAGUACUAUCCGUUUUGUAAUUAGAGUAGAUACCAAAUAGAAAGGGGCAAAAACAAAAGGAGCCAAAGAUGUCCAUAUAGAUAUUUCCUUUCCAUUUGAAUUAUUAAGAGGGAAUAAGCAGAGCCACUUAUAAUAAAAUAGAAUGCUGCUACAAUCUUCUUCUUCUUCCUUCCUCUCCUCGAAUCCGGGUAUUCUCUUUCCCACUUUCCAAAUCCCUUGUCGUCUUCCAAAAUUACAAACUUGUCUCAGAUUUUCUCCACUAAAAACCAGAGCAAGCCUUGAUGAAAAGGAUCCAAAUUCUCAAGCUGCUUCACUUCUAUUUCAAAAUGAUGAACAAAACAAGCAACUCAACCAGGAAGUUGAAGAGAGUGUAAGAGUACUGAAAAAUGCUGCAAAAACAAGAAAGGUUCCAGCAGCAGAGAUCAUGGCUGCUUUCUCUACCAUUGAGAGAGCAAAAGUUGAUCCCUCCAAGUUUCUUGAAACUCUUGGUGGAACCAAAUCGCCUGGGAGGACGUGGAUGCUCGUUUUUACUGCUGAGAAAGGAUUAGGACGAGGUAGAUAUUUCCCAAUUACAGCCAUUCAGAGAUUUGAUGCAGCUGCAAAGAGGAUUGAAAAUGGUGUGUACCUGGGGCCUCUUGGAUUCUUGACAUUUGAAGGGCCAUUUUCAUGGAAGAAUAGGAUUUUAGCUUUCGUGUUUGAGCGGCUUCGGAUAAAAAUUGGACCAUUCGAUCCUUUUGAUAUCAGAAUUAAGGGAAAAGAUGAAAGAGAACCGAGCAAUAAGGGGAAGGAUCCAUUUUUCAUCUGGUUUUACAUUGACGAGGAAAUAGCUGUUGCUCGAGGACGGAGUGGAGGGACAGCUUACUGGGUUCGUUGUCGACGUGUAGGCUAUUCCUGAAAGCUUUUGUAUGUAUGUGUAGUUUCACUCUCCCAAUGCACAUGACGUUGGACAGAAAUACUAUAUUGCUGAAUUUACCAAGUGUAUAGUUUUACUUGUGUGUUAAUAGAUCUUAUUCUUAGAUUGAAA